AGAAUGAAUUUGGAAAAUGACUCUUCUGUGACUGAGUUCAUCCUUGCAGGAUUAACAGAUCAACCAGAGCUCCAACUGCCCCUAUUCCUUUUGUUUCUAUGGAUCUAUGUAGUUACUAUAGUUGGGAACCUGGGAUUGAUCAUUUUAAUUGGUAUUAAUUCUCAGCUUCACACUCCUAUGUACUAUUUCCUCUUUAACUUAUCUUUUAUAGAUCUCUGCUACUCUUCUGUCUUUACACCUAAAAUGUUGAUGAACUUUGUCUCAAAGAAAAAUAUCAUUUCUUAUUCAGGAUGUAUGGCUCAGGUCUAUUUCUUCUGUUUUUUUGUUGUUUCUGAAUGCUAUGUAUUGACAAUAAUGGCUUACGAUCGUUAUGUUGCCAUCUGUAAUCCACUGCUAUAUAAUGUUAUUAUGUCCAAUCAGGUGUGUUCAUUGCUAUUGGGUGGGGCAUAUGUAAUGGGGUUUGCUGGUGCAAUGGCCCACACUGGAUGCAUGUUGAGACUGUCCUUCUGCGAUGCCAACAUCAUAAACCACUACAUGUGUGAUGUACUUCCCCUCUUCCAGCUCUCCUGCACCAGCACCUAUGUCAACGAACUGGUGGUUUUCAUUGUUGGGGGUGUUAAUAUCACAGUGCCUAGUGUCACCAUCCUCACCUCUUAUGCUCUCAUCCUGUCUAGUAUCCUGAACAUCAGCUCCACUGAAGGCAAGUCCAAAGCCUUCAGCACCUGCAGCUCUCACGUAAUUGUUGUUGCUCUUUUCUUUGGGUCAGCUUCAUUCAUGUAUCUCAAGCCAUCUUCUUCAGGAUCUGUGGAGCAGGGUAAAGCAGCUUCAGUCUUUUACACAAAUGUGGGACCUAUGCUAAACCCCCUCAUUUAUAGUCUGAGGAAUAAAGAUGUUCAGGCUGCUUUGAGGAAAACCUUGAGAAGAAUGUUUUCUAGAAUAGGAGCAGGGUUUUCUUGA